UUUUGUGAGCAAAUAAAAUGCUCAAUUUUUGCCUAGACUCUAGGGUAGCUAGCUUCUCCUACACCCCCAUGCUACUACGUCGUUUUAUAUUCAAGCCAUAAAUAAUCAUUCUGCUAUUUUUUUUUCUUUAUCUUUUUUCAUUUUUGUUAACUUUCUAUUCAAGCAACUAUAUAAUGAUUUUCUUAACCUAAUUUCUAUUUUAUUUCUCUCUUUUUUUACUUAUUUCAUUUUCUCUCUCCUGCUUUUUUUAUUUUUCCCCCAAUUUUUCUCUCUCUUCUUCCAUGAAAAUUUCUAGCUCAAUUGUGUUUGAUCGUGACUGUGAUUCUAGCUUAAUUGCUUUUGAUCGUGAUUGUGAUUCUAUUUUUCCUGCUGGAGUUGGUUUAGUCGACUCGUUUUCGCAACAAUGUGAGUAAUUUUUCCCUCAAUCAUUCGAUUUUGAUUAUGCUCUGUUUUCGCAUGUAAUAGUUCGAUUUUGAUUUCAUAAUUUGAUAAUUGUAUGAACUAUAGUUUAUAUAAUGCUCAAUUAUAAUUUUUGGUUUUGUAGUUUUGCUUAUUGUAUGAAUUAAAAUCAAAAUUAUGGUCGAUUAUAAUAUUUGAUUUCAUUUUUAUUUAUGACUAUUUUAAUUUAUAGUUUGUGAUGUAUUGUUGUGAUUUUAUUGUUUUUCUUUGUAAUGUUGUUAUUCGAUUGAUGUUUUUUCCAGUUUUCUGCAUUUUAAUGAUUGUCUAUAGUUUUAUAAAAUUUGACAUUCAAUUAAUGCUCAUGUAUGUUAGAUUAUAUGUACAUUUACGUUAACAUAGGUGUAAUUACUGUAAUUUACAUUUAUCUAUGUAAUCAUAAAUGUUCAUUUAUAUGUUUUAUUAUCAUUUUGAUAUAUGUUCAUUUAUGUAAUGAUAAAUGAUCAUUAACAGUUUACAUGUGGUUAUUGUACAUUAUUGCUAUUAUUUGUGUUCAUUUGUUACAUUUUAAUAUUGCAGUGGAAAAAAAGAAUGCUAUUUUAUUUGAGGAAGCAGCUAGUUCUGAAUUUUAUGGGAAACAAUUUCCUUCUGAAGAUGUGGCUUAUGAAAUGUUUAAUGAAUAUGCAUUUAGAAAGGGCUUUGGAAUUAGAAUUGGAAAAAGUAAGAGGCGAAGAGAUGAUUCAUUCUCUAUGAAAAGAUUUGUUUGUACAAAUGAGGGUUUUAAAGAUGAUAAGUGCAGGAAUAAUAGGAUGUAUGAGAGACUUAACAUAAGGACUGGUUGCUUAGCUUUUGUGCAGUUUAGUAUUGACCGUUCAGGUGUAUAUACAUGUACAAGACAUGAGAUGGUUCAUAAUCAUGAAAUGAUUCCUGUUGACAAGAGACAUUUAAUAAGGUCUCAAAGGGAUAUUUCUAAGGAACAUAUUAAUUUCAUUUCUACACUUAGAUUGAGUGGAGUUAAAGUUUCUGAUUCUUUGAGAGCUUUGAAGAAGGAGGUUGGAGGGUCUCCUAACCUUUGUUUUACAGCUCCUGAUGCUUAUAAUGCUAUUUCUGUUGAAAAGACAGCUAAACUUGGGGGAGGUGACAACAAUCAACUAAUCAAAUUUUUUGCUAAGAGACAAAUUGAUGAAGCAAAUUUCUAUUAUGAUUUUGAACAAGAUGAAAAUGGUGCAUUGGUUAAUUUCUUUUGGAGAGAUGGAAGGAUGAUGAGAGAUUAUCAUUACUUUGGUGAUUUGUUAGUUUUUGAUACUACUUAUAGGACUAACAAAUAUGGUAUGAUUUGUGCUCCAUUUGUGGGUAUGAAUCAUCAUGCAAAUAAUGUGAUGUUUGGCAUGGGAUUUAUACUUAAUGAAAGAACAGAAUCAUUUGAGUGGUUAUUUGAUACUUUUCUAACUUCUAUGGGAAGGAGAAGUCCUAUUACUAUUAUGACUGAUCAAGCUCAAGCAAUUGCAGCUGGGAUAAGAAAUAUUUUCCCCAAAGGUGUUCAUCAUAGAUUAUGUGUGUGGCAUAUUGAACAAAAUUCUAAGAAACACAUUAGGGCGUUGAGAGCUUUGGAUGGUUUCACUGAUUUAUUUGGUUAUUUACUGAAGUAUUGUGAAACUCCACCAGAAUUUGAGCAUUAUUGGAAAAGAAUGUUGUUGAAAUAUGACUGUGCAAAUGUUGAUUGGUUGAAUGAUUUGUAUAAAAUCAAAGAGAUGUGGUGUCCAGCUUUUUCAAAGAAAUUUUGGUCAGGAGGUGUGCUUUCAUCUCAACGUAGUGAGACAACUAACAAAUCAGUUUCUCAAAGGCUUAACAAGACACAAGGUCUAUGUGAUUUCUAUCAAGUGUUUCUCGAAGUGGUUCAAGAGUGGAGAAGCAAAGAAAAAGGGAGAGAUUAUAAUACUAUCAGAGGUAAUCGUCAUUUGGCCUUUGCAUACAUUGAGAUUCUUGUUCAUGCUAGAUCAUUGUAUACUAUUCAAGCUUAUGUGCUUUUUGAGGAAGAGUUCAUUAAGGGUACUGCUUGUGAUCAUAAGGAUGCUGGUGUGAAUUUUCCUAAAUAUUAUUAUCAUUUGUGGAGACCUGGGAAAGAUAUGAUCAAGCACGAGGUUGUUUUUAAUAAAGAAACACAUGCAAUAUGUUGUACAUGCAUGUUGUUUAGUGAAAUGGGUUUGCUUUGUUGUCAUGCUCUUCGAAUUUAUCAUAUGAAUUGUGUUCAUAAGAUUCCAGAUGACUAUAUAUGUAAGAGGUGGACUAAGGCUGCUAUGUGUAGUCAUGGCCUUGAUGAACCUACAAUGAAAACCAAUGUAGUAUCUACAAGUGUUUGGAGGACACAAACACUAAGGAAAUUUGUUAAGUUGGUAACAAGUUGUCAACACUCUUUGAAUGCUAGAGCAGAGGUUGAAUGUUAUUUCAAUCUUUUAAAAGAAAAGAUUGAGAGUGUUACUGGUACUAUUGAUUUUAAUGAACCGGUUGAAGGUAUUGAAAUUGUUGAUCAUGAAGUUAAGAAUCCGGCAAAAUCAAGACCUAUUGGAGAGAGGAAUUAUAGGCCUAAGAGUAAUUUAGAGAAGGAAUUGGACGAGAAUGGGUGUCCUAUAUCUUAUGCUAAUUCUUUGGCUGAUCCUAAUGAGUUGAUUGUGAUUGAAGAUCCAAGUGCUCAGGUUUGUAAUAAAAAGACUGCCAUUGUAGAAGAUAUCCCUUCAGAUGAUAGUGUUUCAAAUGACUUUGAACAGGUAUUAUGUAAAUGA